GUUCUUCAUCUCGCUCUCUCGUUAUCGUGACAACUUUUUUUCGUGUAACGAUUCUAUAUUUUGCAUAAAAGCGAAAGGAAAUUGCAAAUAGACAUAUAUAAUUCUUUUUAUUUUUUAACAACGUUUAGGAAAAACAUUGCCAAGAUGGAAUACGCCGAGUAGUUGCAAGAGGAAGCAGUGAAAAACACAAUACGUGAAACGAAAGAAAAAGUGUUGUGGUUUACGAAUUGAGAUUGUUGUGUAUAUGUGUGUGUAUGGUGGAGCCAUCAGCCACCAGUCAUUGACACAUCAACCCAAUCAACGGCAGCCCCCACUUUUCACAAUAUCAAUUAGAUUUCACACAUGAAAAGACCUUGAUGCAUAAUGCAAAGUUUCUCUACAAAAACUAAAGAAAUGUUUAUAGUGCGUGCUUUAGAGAAAAUCCUUGCUGAUAAGGAUAUUAAACGUUCCCAGAAUUCACAAUUAAAGAAAUCAUGCGACACCGCCUUAGAACAAAUUAAAGCUGAACUGAUUAGUGCGGGCCAAAUAGCAGAAGGUAAUGAGCUCCCCUGUGCUGCCCUACCGCUUCCGAAGAACGAUGCAGCCAGCAUUAUUAACGCGGAGACCUAUUUUCUGCCAUUUGAGUUAGCUUGCAAAAGCCGCUCGCCACGCAUUGUGGUGACUGCUUUAGAUUGUCUGGAGAAAUUGAUAGCAUAUGGCCACUUAACGGGAGCUAUCCAAGACUCUUCAAGUCCGGGGCACUUACUUAUAGACCGUAUUGUCAACACCAUAUGUGGCUGUUUCAACGGUCCGCAAACAGACGAAUGUGUGCAGCUGCAAAUAAUAAAAGCCCUUCUUACGGUGGUCACGUCCCAACAUGUUGAAAUUCACGAGGGGACAGUUUUGCAAGCUGUUCGCACUUGCUAUGACAUUUAUUUGUCUAGUAAGAAUUUGGUCAAUCAGACAACCGCUUGUGCUACAUUAACCCAGAUGUUGGAUGUGAUUUUUUCACGGAUGGAAAAUCAAGUGUAUGAGGUGGCAGCACAAGCCGCUUUGGCUGCUGCAGCCGUUAAUAAAGGCAAUCACGAUGCAAACACCUCUCAAGCCUCAGAAGCAAGUUGUAGUGUAAAGAGCAGUAAUGGAGGAAGCGGUGAAGUGGAGGAGACACCCGAAUCGGUUGCUGCUGCUGUAGUGGAUGAAAUUUUAAACGCUGCCAUUGUUGAAGUUUUGAAAGAAACAGGCGGAGAAGUUGCAUCGGUGAAUAACAUAAGCAUUGCCACUACUACUGAUGGAGAAUUGAUUACUAACAAUAACAACAACACAAGUACUAACAACAUUUCCAUCACAGGCUCUGACGGCGGAAACAAUAAUCAUACAUCGCCUUUGGAAGUCAAUCAACAUAACUCAGAAGAGAGUGUAGAAAUGCAUAGUGAAAAUGAUGCCGUUGUAACCGCCAAAUUCACUCAUGUCCUUCAAAAAGAUGCAUUUCUUGUCUUCAGAGCUUUAUGCAAAUUAUCUAUGAAGCCUUUGCCGGAAGGUGGACAUCCCGAUCCCAAGUCACAUGAGUUGAGAUCUAAAGUGUUAUCAUUACGUUUGCUUUUGUCCAUUUUGCAAAACGCUGGCCCAGUCUUUCGCUCGAAUGAGAUGUUCAUAAUGGCUAUCAAACAGUAUUUGUGCGUCGCCCUAUCUAAAAAUGGUGUCAGCCUGGUGCCCGAAGUAUUUGAAUUAUCUCUUUCCAUAUUUGUUGCGCUACUUUCAAAUUUUAAGAUACAUUUGAAAAAGCAGAUAGAGGUCUUCUUCAAAGAAAUUUUCUUAAAUAUAUUGGAGGCGACGUCUAGCUCCUUUGAGCAUAAGUGGAUGGUCAUACAGGCUUUGAAUAGAAUAUGUGCAGAUGCUCAGUCGGUGGUAGAUAUUUACGUCAACUAUGAUUGUGAUUUCCAAGCUGCAAAUUUGUUUGAGAGACUUGUCAAUGAUCUGUCAAAAAUUGCCCAAGGUCGUCAGGCCUUGGAGUUGGGUGCUAAUCCUAUGGAGGAAAAGUCAAUGCGCAUACGUGGCCUCGAAUGUUUGGUCUCCAUCCUAAAGUGCAUGGUGGAAUGGAGUCAAGAUCUCUACGUUAAUCCCAAUAUGCCUUCCCUAAAUGCGCACGAAGGCACAGCCGCCCACAACAAAUCAGCAAAUUCAACUGAUCUGCAAUCUCCGACGGAUAAUGCUGAUGCGGUCUCGCAUACGAAUACGAUAGGCGUUCGUUCCAUUCAUGGUGGCUCCAGUCAUAGUUUGAAUUCAUAUGGUAGCAUUAAAAAUAAUGAGGUUCUUGAUUUACCCGAAGCUUUGGAAGAGAGAAAAAUGCGCAAAGAAGUCAUGGAGCAGGGCAUUGAACUUUUCAAUCGCAAACCCAAAAAGGGCAUACAAUUCUUGCAAGAAAAACAGUUGCUCGGUCCAACAACAAAGGACAUUGCCAAGUGGUUGCACGAAGAUGAGCGUCUCGACAAAACCGUUAUAGGAAAUUAUAUUGGGGAAAACGAUGACCAUUCGAAAGAGGUGAUGUGCGAAUAUAUUGAUUCCUUUGAGUUCCAUACUCUUGAAGUUGUGGCUGCUUUGCGUAUGCUUUUGGAAGAGUUCCGUUUGCCGGGAGAGGCUCAAAAAAUCGAUCGACUUAUGGAGAAAUUUGCAAGUCGUUAUUGUGAAUGCAAUCCGAACAAUCCUUUAUUCCAAUCGGCUGAUACUGUUUAUGUGUUGGCCUUCUCGAUUAUUAUGCUGACCACAGAUCUUCAUUCUCCUCAAGUGAAAAAUAAAAUGACCAAGGAGCAAUACAUCAAACUUAACCAAGGCAUCAGUGAUAGCAGAGAUGAUCUUCCCGUGGAGUAUUUAUCCUCAAUUUACGAUGAAAUAGCCGGCCAUGAAAUCAAAAUGAAAAAUACAGUGGUCAAUAAACCGGGCAAACAAAUCAUUGCCAAUGAGAAACGGCGCAAACUGCUAUGGAAUAUGGAAAUGGAGGCCAUUUCCACAACUGCAAAAAAUCUCAUGGAAUCUGUGUCGCAUGUUAAGUCCCCAUUUACGUCUGCUAAGCAUUUGGAGCAUGUGCGACCCAUGUUCAAAAUGGCUUGGACACCGUUUUUGGCAGCAUUUUCUGUUGGCCUACAGGAUUGUGAUGAUCCUGAAAUAGCUUGUCUCUGCUUAGAUGGUAUACGUUGUGCUAUUCGGAUUGCUUGCAUUUUCCACAUGACUUUGGAACGCGACGCCUAUGUACAGGCUUUAGCAAGAUUUACUUUGCUGACCGCCAACUCACCAAUCAAUGAAAUGAAGGCCAAGAACAUUGAUACGAUCAAAACAUUGAUAAUGGUGGCUCACACGGAUGGCAAUUAUUUGGGCUCUAGUUGGUUGGAUAUUGUGAAAUGUAUAAGCCAAUUGGAAUUGGCCCAGCUUAUUGGUACGGGCGUUAGACCUAAGUAUUUAUCUGGGGCUCAGACUACCCUUAAGGAUUCCUUGAAUCCCAGUGUUAAGGAACAUAUUGGACAGACGAGUAGCCAAAGUGUUGUGGUUGCCGUAGAUCGUAUAUUUACGGGCUCUAUUCGUUUGGAUGGUGAUGCAAUUGUGGAUUUCGUUAAAGCCUUGUGUCAAGUUUCCGUAGAGGAAUUGCUAAAUCCUCAACCACGAAUGUUCUCGCUUCAGAAAAUCGUUGAAAUUUCUUACUACAACAUGGAACGUAUCCGUUUGCAAUGGUCUCGUAUUUGGCAGGUUUUGGGCGAACACUUCAACACAGUCGGCUGUAAUAUGAACGAGGAAAUAUCAUUCUUUGCAUUGGACUCGUUGCGUCAGUUAUCCAUGAAAUUUAUGGAGAAAGGAGAAUUUGCCAAUUUCCGCUUUCAAAAAGAUUUUCUGCGGCCAUUUGAGCACAUUAUGAAAAAGAAUCCAUCUCCAGCCAUUCGUGAUAUGGUGGUGCGUUGCAUAGCUCAAAUGGUUAAUUCGCAGGCUCGAAAUAUUAAAUCUGGUUGGAAGAAUAUUUUCUCCAUAUUUCACUUAGCAGCUGGUGACCACGAAGAGGCCAUAGUUGAGCUAGCUUUUCAAACUACAAGCAAAAUAAUCGGUGAAUUGUAUCAAAAACAAUUUGCCAUUAUGGUAGACUCAUUCCAAGAUGCAGUUAAAUGUCUUUCUGAGUUCGCUUGCAAUGCCCGCUAUGGAGGUGAUACAAGUAUGGAGGCAAUACGUUUGGUUCGAACCUGUGCCCUUUGCGUCCACGAAUCGCCACAACUAUUUGCUGAACACGCUGGUAUGGAAAAUGACAUUUCUGUCGCCGAAGAAGACCGUGUUUGGGUCCGAGGUUGGUUCCCCAUGUUGUUUUCACUAUCUUGUGUAGUAAACCGUUGUAAAUUAGACGUGCGUACACGAGCCUUGACUGUGCUGUUUGAAAUUGUCAAAACCCAUGGUGACAGCUUUAAGCCCAAUUGGUGGAAGGACUUGUUCAAUGUGAUCUUUCGAAUUUUUGACAACAUGAAGUUACCAGAACAUGUAACUGAGAAGUCCGAAUGGAUGACCACAACGUGCAAUCACGCGCUGUAUGCUAUUAUCGAUGUCUUUACGCAGUACUUUGAUGUAUUGGGCCAUUUGCUAUUGGAAGAUCUUUUUGCUCAACUACAUUGGUGUGUACAGCAGAACAACGAGCAACUGGCCAGAUCUGGCACCAACUGUUUGGAAAAUUUAGUGAUAUCGAAUGGUUUUAAAUUCAAUGAAGCUACUUGGGAUAAGACCUGUCAAUGUAUUUUGGACAUUUUCAAUGCCACGCUACCGGCUGAACUGCUGACGUGGCGUCCGAAUCCCCAACAACAACAACAGUUACACAUGCAACUUCAACAGCAACAUCAGCCACAUUCACAGCAACAACAUGUUCAUAACCAGCCUCAUGCUCCAAAUCAAAGGAAAAAUUCACAACCACGUAGUGGUGAUUCACUGAAUCGCUCGUAUUCACAACAUUCCGUUUACAGUCAUACAGGAAGUUUUGAUGAAGAAACCUACUCUCAACACCAUCAACACAAUACACAAGUUCCUGUGGUUCCCCAGAACCCUGCCCUCUUCGAAAGUCUCAAUAUAAAAUGUGUGGUACAACUAGAACUGAUACAAACUGUAGAUAACAUCAUUUUCUUCCCUGCCACUUCACGGAAAGAAGAUGCAGAAACUUUGGCGCAGGCCGCCGCUGAUUUAACUGGCAGUUGUGCCACACAUCCUGUUCUUGAUUGCCAACGCGAGGAGCAGGGUAUGUAUAGUUAUUUGCGUACACGUCAACUGCUUACCUUGGCCGAUUGUUUAAUGCAAUCGCAUCGCUUCGCAAAACGUUUCAAUGCCGAUCAGGAACAGCGAAAUAUUUUGUGGCGAGCCGGUUUUAAAGGAUCCAUUAAGCCAAAUUUGUUAAAACAGGAAACCGCUUCAUUGGCUUGUGUGUUGCGUAUCUUCUUUAAAAUGUAUGGUGAUGAGAAUAGACGUAGCGAUUGGCCAGGAAUCGAGCUGGAAUUGGUGCAAGUAUGUAAAGAAGCUUUAACAUAUUUCCUGAGUCUACAGAGUGAAGCGCAUCGUGAUGCAUGGACAUCUCUAUUGCUGUUAAUAUUGACGAGGUUACUUAAAAUGGGUGAUGCCAGGUUCGCUACCCACGUCUCCAAUUAUUAUACGUUAUUGUGUGAAAUGAUGUGCUUUGAUAUGAAACUUGAAUUACGAAGUGUCCUUAGGCGUGUAUUUUUGCGUAUUGGUCCCGUCUUCAAUAUAGCAAAUGCAAAAUAGUGCUUUAUCCGGCGGAGCAGUGGUACCAAACGACGGAUUUCCUGCAAGCGAGUUUAAAAGAUAAGACGAAAUUUUUUGCGAAACAAAUUCAACAAACAAAAUAUGUAAGCUAAUUAAUCUAGAAGAAAUCGAUAAGGAUGUUUUUAAAACUAAAAAAUAAAUAAAUUAAAUAUUAAACUACUUAUGUAUUUAUAUAUGAAAUAUAUUUAUCAUUAUUUACGCGCCCCUUUAAACAUGUAUAAUCAAAACAAUAAUAAGGUGUAAAUGUUUAAAAUGUAUAUGUAUGCUUUAUUUAAUUAUUUUUUCGACCUUUUCCCCCUUCAUCAUAUAUACUAUGCUAUAAACUAAAAAAAUUAACUUUAUGUAUUAAAAAUACAUUCUUGGUAUUAUAAUACAAAAAACUUUCAAAAUACAAUAAAUAUUGUUACAAUAGCAUAUGGGCAAAUGUCAAAUUUUUAUGUUGUUAUUUGCAAUUUUUUUUUGUUUACCAGUUAAUUGAAGUGCUUUACCUUAAAUAUAUUGUUUUUUUUUUUUUUUUUUUUAAUUAUUUGUAAAGUUUUUUUUUUUUGUAUGCAGCAUAUAAAAGUGCCAGCUAAAGAACAUUUUCAACCGUUUAAUUUUAAUAAAAAUUGGCAAUUUAAGCUUGGUUAUGUCUUAAAUAAUAUCUAUUUAUUUAUUUUUUACUUCAAUUAUCCCAAGGGGGGUUCGUUUUGCUAGUGAAUAUUAUAAGAAAGCAGAUAUGGUUUUUAAGAGUUGAGGAAAAUAAAUUGCCGGAUUUCAGACGGUUAAAAAACUGAUAUCACAUCAUAGGCAAGCUUGUUUUAGGAUGGUUAAUCAAGUCCUCAGUGUCAUUGUGAACAAUUGUACAACAUCUAUUCUCUAAUCCUUAACCUAAUUGCAGUUGUUACAUUUAUGAUUUUUCUCUCAGACAGACGGACAUAAUAUAUAUAUGUUUAGCAUCCAAAAAACGCAUAUAACAAUGGUGUGAUAUAUGAGUCCUGAUCCUGAAAAGCUGUCAAUUUAAUUUCCUCUACUCACAAAAACCUUUCUCAUUUUAAAGGACAUUACGUGGCCAUAAACCCCAAAAUGGUCUUUGGGGUAAUUAUUGUAAAGAACAAAUAUAUUCGAAUGACAGACUGGCCAUAGAGGCGAAAUGGGAAACAAAAGCAGAUGAUUAGCAGUUAUUGUUAAACAAUUAUCAUCACUUCCUUAUAAAACAUCUCCCACAACGCAAUACAGUCUUAUCCAAUUUAUGAUUUGUCUUGUGUAAGUGUAUUUGAACAAGUUAAAUUAAAGCUUAUAAAAGCUAGUUUUGCGUAUACUUUUGAGUAGUUUUAUGUUUAAAAAUAAUAAUAAAAAGGAGUGUGAUUCCAAAUAUUUUUGGGUAUUAUUUAAAAAUAUUUAUAUAUUUUGUGAAAAUAUUGCAAAACUCACCAAUUUUUAUUAUACCACCACAACAACUACUUACAACUAAUAUAAACUACGUGUACAUGUACGUGUACGUGUACUAAUAUAAAAUAACAAAGAAACUCACAUUGUAUACUGUCCAUAAAAAAAUUAAGAAAAUUUCCAUGCAUACAUAUAUAGGACAAUAUCCUUUGACGGGUAUGUAUUGUACAUUGACGUUCGUAGCAAGAUUUUUGAACAUUCUUGUUUUGUUUUACUACAAAAA